AAAGCGGGACCCUCAGGCCUCCACAAUGUGCUCUCCUCCUCAUCUGCUGCUGGUUCUGCUGUUGGGACUCACAGUUGUGAUGGGAUCUCCCUUUACAGGCUCGGGCUGAGGGCUGCUACUGGUCGCACUCUCUCAGGGAAUUGUUGUGCCUAAACAUGUGAGGAGACGCACAGGAUCAUGGCAGGAUGAGUAGACCACUGCUCUGUUUUCUCUCCAGGUGUGGCUGGUGAGGCGGGGCUGCAGGUGAUACAGCCUGACAAGUCAGUGUCUGUCACAGACAGACAGACAGCCACUCUGUGCUGUACCAUGACCUCCCUGCUCCCCUUUGGGCCAGUUCAGUGGUUCAGGGGGGCAGGGCCAGGCCGGAAGUUAAUCUUCAGUUUCAAAAGAGGCCACUUCCCCCGAGUAACAAAUGCUUCAGACGUCACAAGGAGAAACAACACAGACUUUUCCAUCCGCAUCAGUAACUUCACGCCAGCAGACACCAGAACCUACUACUGUGUGAAGUUCCUGAAAGGGACUCCUGAUGAUGUGGAAUUUAAGUCUGGACCAGGCACUCUGGUCACUGUGAGCAAGUCAAGGCCAUCUACUCCAUUCCUGAUGGCUGUAACCCUGGGCCUGAAGCUGCUGCUGCUCAUCACUAUCUCUGCCAUCUAUGUCCACAAGAAGCGAGCGCCGGAUUUUAAGUUGUGGGUCAGGGAGGACAGGCCACGUUUAGUCCCAGAAGAGCCAGGUCAGGGAGAGGGGCAGCCCAUAGGUCACACGGGGUCAGCACCCAACUGGAGUCAAGAGUAUGUGACACAUCUCCCUUGAUACCCUCAGGAGUCUCAGGUGUCCCAACAACCUGAGGUGUUGGUGGAGGGGGAAUUUAGCCUAUAAAAUGAGAGCAGGGUCAGAGGCUGUCGAAGAGUGUGACAGAGUGCUAGGGUUUCUGGGAAGGAAGUGGGCAGAGGGGGCUGAAUGAGAGGCAGCUGGGUGGGAGGAACCCUUGGAAACCAUCACUAGAUUAUGGAGCACUGGGGCUCCUUUGGGCACAAGACAUCCGCUUUUAGAGGAAUGCUGACAGGUGCCAGAGGGCUGCUCUGAGGACAGCUUCCAAUGACCCUCUGUGGGACAUACUGGAGGGGAUGGGGAUGGGGGUUCAAGUCCCAAGAGAGAAAGCUUAAGUGGCAGAGUCCUCUAUCAGGGCUGCCUGUCCUUUCACAAUAGGUGUCCCAGGAGGAAAAUAGCACCGAGGACAUAAGAGACGGGGAACAUUUCUGGAAUGAUGAUCAUAUAAUCAACUGUGAACAUGGGACCCACAGCUCCUCCCUUCCUCCCCUACCUCAUGGCACCCUCAGUCUCUGCUGCCUCCUUCCUUCCUGGAGGGGCCCAGCCAAAAACAAGGAACAACUAGAAGCUUCCCAACUCUGUCCUAAUACCUUGCUUCUUCCAGAGACCCACCUGCCCACAGUCCCUUCUGCUCCUUCUCACAAUCCUUGAUGACCCUAGAGCUGGAUCUUCAUACCAGGUCCUCAGCAGGGAUCAUGGGAACUUGCUCUGGGGACUGACGCAUGGAUAUCUGCCUGAAUGUGAGAGACAAGUCCCACCUACACAUACCAGGUGCCUCUCAUUCAUCUUCUGGGAACUAUGGCCAUGAACUACAUGCUCAUGUCCAUGUUCUUGGGAAUUAUUUCUAUCAACUCCCAGAUGUUCCCGACUUGUUGAGGUUCUUCACUGGGUCUUAAAUAAAAUGAAUCUCAUCCUG